CGAAAACGCAACGUUUUGGUUGAUGAUUUUUUGUUUCUUGAUCUAGGUGCAAGACCUAAACGCAGCAGCAACACUACUCAGUUGAGGUUGAAAGUGGUGAGGAAGAUGAAAGUGGUAGCACUCGUUAGCGGCGGCAAAGACAGCUGCUAUGCUAUGAUGAAGUCCAUUCACUAUGGUCACCAGAUUGUUGCAUUGGCCAAUUUGAUGCCCGCUGAUGAUUCUGUAGACGAGCUCGAUAGCUACAUGUACCAAACUGUUGGGCAUCAAAUUAUCAUCAGCUAUGCUGAAUGCAUGGGACUGCCAUUAUUCAGAAGGCGAAUACAAGGAUCCUCAAGGCAUCAGGAACUUGGUUACAAAGCAACUCAAGGUGAUGAAGUUGAAGACCUGUUCAUUUUGUUACGUGAAGUGAAAAGGCAGAUACCCUCAGUUACUGCAGUGUCCUCUGGAGCCAUUGCAUCUGACUAUCAGAGAUUGCGGGUGGAAAGUGUUUGUUCAAGGUUAGGCCUUGUUUCUCUGGCAUACUUAUGGAAACAAGAUCAAUCAUUGCUCCUCCAGGAAAUGAUUUCAAAUGGAAUUGUAGCGGUAACAGUGAAGGUAGCUGCCAUGGGUUUGGAUCCUUCAAAGCACUUGGGUAAAGAAAUAGCCUUCUUAAAUGCUUAUUUGCAUAAAUUGAAAGAGUUAUAUGGAAUCAAUGUUUGUGGUGAAGGAGGGGAAUAUGAAACAUUAACUCUUGAUUGCCCACUCUUUAUUAAUGCUCGCAUUGUGCUUGAUGAAUAUCAAGUUGUGAUGCACUCUUCUGAUUCCAUAGCUCCUGUUGGAAUCAUUCAUCCAUUGGCAUUUCAUUUGGAAAAUAAGGCAGAUGCUCAGUCUUUAAAAUCACAAGACAAAAUACAUGAGAUUUGUAAGCAGAAAUUGGGAUCUGUGUUUGAAGUGCAAGACAGUCUAGAAGGAUGUGAAGCCACAUGCAAUCCUGUGGAUUAUAGCACUGAUUCAACUGAUGACAUAGAACAUAAAUUUAACAUCUCAAGAACAAAUAACAAGAACACGUUCUCCAUAUGUUGCUGGUUGCCAGAUUCAUGCAAUGGUUUGCAGGAAGAUUUGAAGAUUGUUUUGGGGAAAAUUGAAUCACAGUUAUUGGGCUUUGGUUUUGGCUGGGAGAAUGUCCUCUAUAUUCACCUAUACAUUGAUGACAUGAAUAAGUUCUCUGAGGCAAAUGAAACAUAUGUGAAGUUUAUAACACAGGAGAAGUGUCCAUUUGGUGUCCCAUCCCGUAGUACUGUUGAAAUGCCUCUUGUAGAAAUGGGUUUAAGCAGAGCAUACAUUGAAGUUCUGGUAGCAAAAAAUAAAGAUAAAAAGGUUUUGCAUGUGCAGAGUAUUUCCGGUUGGGCACCAAGUUGCAUUGGGCCAUACAGCCAGGCAACCUUGCAUGAGGGUAUACUUCACAUGGCUGGUCAAUUGGGGCUUGACCCUCCAACGAUGAAUCUUUGCGAGGGAGGCCCCAGGGUUGAACUGGAACAAGCACUAAAAAACAGUGAAGCAGUGGCAAAAUGCUUUAAUUGUUCAAUAUCAACAUCUGCAAUUGUUUUUGUUAUUUACUGUUCUAAACAUAUUUCAUCAUUGGAGAGACAAGAUAUUCAGGAGAAACAAGAAAUAAUCCUUAGGCAGAUGAAGAUCUGCCAUUUACAGGAAAGAGACACGUACAAAGCAUUAGAUCCCUUGUUCCUUUAUGUCCUUGUUCCUGAUCUACCUAAAAGAGCAUCUGUAGAAGUAAAGCCUAGUCUUUAUGUCGAGGAUGGCACAGAUGCAGCAUAUGAGACCAUAGCAGAAAGAUGCUGUUCAAAGACACCACCGUGUUAUUGGGGUUUCAAACAGGAAAAUUGGCACGAUUCUUGCAUUCAAAAAUGUGUGAUUUCUGGAAAGAUAUGUGCUGUUAUACUGUCUAUCACUUGUGAGCUGGUUGCAAGAAUAUGUUUCGAUUCUCUGCCUGCUGAUCAUGUGAAUAAUGGUCUAUUUUCUCUUACUAAGGCACAUAUGGAGAAGUUAUCAAAGUUCUGCAUUUUUCUUUUUGACAGAGUUAUGACAGAUAAUGACUUUGCCUGGGAAGAUAUAAUGAAUUUGAGGUUCUACGUCCCAGCACGGCAUCAAAUGUCGGUGGAGCUAUUACAGCCUAUUUUCAGCAAUGCAUUAAUAGAAUUUUCGGAGAUGAGUCAGAAAAAAGUUAUAAGUGGUGAGGAGCCAAUCUUCAACAUAGUUCCUGUCAUCGGUGCUGGGAGGUCUGCUUCAUCCAUGGAUGAUGUAAUAACCUGUGAAUUGUUGGCUCGGAAAUCCUGAGUUGUAUGACAUUACUCUCAAGUGACCGUGGGGUUCAAGGUGUGGUUCAGUUGCUGUGCAGUUUACCAACUGAUCUACAAGUUUUGUUUUCAAUUCAAAAUGGAUUAACUUUUCACAAAACCAAAACAACUACGGUUUUGCUGGAAUAGCUUGGUGAAUGGGAUGAGAUGGGAUUUUUCUCUAUAUGUUGAUCUUGCUCAAUAUGCGUUUAAAUUUCAAUUCAUUUUAUGAAUCUGCAUUUUUUAGCUUUAUGGAAGGUUGUAAGAAGGAAGUGUAAUUUUAUCAAAUCUAGGUAGUGCUUUAAACCCAGUUGUUUGUAAUUUCCGUCCUUUUUUUGUUAAUAUUAAAAUGAUUAAUGCUAUUCAUCC